AUGUCUUCUACCCAUAAUCCUUAUGCACCAAACCCAAGCGAUUUUAUCUCCAAUGUGCCGAGAUUUGAAAUCAUUGAUUCGACUUUAAGAGAAGGUGAACAAUUUGCAAAUGCCUUCUUUACGCUUGAAAACAAAAUCAGGAUCGCUAAAGCACUUGAUGAUUUUGGAGUGGAUUACAUUGAGGUCACCUCUCCGGUUGCUUCGGAUCAAGCAAGAGAAGAAGUUGAAACUCUUUGUAAAUUAGGCUUAAAAAAUUCUAAAAUUCUAACUCACAUUAGAUGUCAUAUGCAUGAUGCCAAGGUUGCCGUUGAGACCGGUGUUGAUGGUGUCAAUGUCUUUAUUGGUACAUCCAAUUUCUUGAGACAACAUUCGCAUGGUAAGGAUAUGUCUUUUAUAACCAAGGCUGCAAUUGAAGUGAUUGAAUUUGUCAAGUCUAAAGGGCUAGAAAUUAGGUUUUCUACAGAAGAUUCUUUUAGAUCUGAUAUUGUUGAUUUGUUGAAUAUAUACACAACUGUCGAUAAGAUUGGUGUGAAUAGAAUCGGUAUUGCCGAUACUGUUGGUGGUGCCAACCCAAGACAGGUUUAUGAGUUGAUCAGAACUAUCAAGUCUAGCGUUAAAGCCGAAAUUGAAACUCACUUCCAUAAUGAUACUGGUUGCGCAAUUGCUAAUGCGUACACUGCCCUUGAGGCAGGUGCUAAAUAUAUCGACACUUGUGUCUUAGGUAUUGGUGAGAGAAACGGUAUUGUUCCACUCGGUGGGUUUAUGGCUAGAAUGGUUGUUUCUGCCCCAGAUUAUGUUAAAUCCAAAUACAAACUUACCAAGAUUAGAGAACUGGAGAAUCUAGUUGCAGAUAUUGUUUCCGUGAAUAUCCCUUUCAAUAACCCAAUCACCGGUUUCUGUGCAUUCACUCACAAGGCGGGUAUUCACGCAAAGGCCAUCCUAGCAAAUCCUUCAACUUACGAAAUCCUAAAUCCACAAGACUUUGGCUUGACUAGGUAUAUCCAUUUUGCUAACAGAUUGACCGGGUGGAAUGCAAUCAAGGCUAGAGUUGAACAGUUGAACCUGGAUUUAACUGACGAUCAGAUCAAAACAGUCACUGCUCAAAUCAAGCAAAUGGGAGACAUUAGACCUUUAGGUAUCGAAGAUGUUGAUUCCAUUAUCAAGGAAUUCCACGCGAAGGAAAAUGAUACAGUAGAAGUGCCUGGUGCAAAGAGACAAAGAACAGACUGA